UUUAGAGAGAGGAUCAAAAAAGGGUAAAACAUGGAAGAAACAAACUCAUCGUCUACCAUUUAUAUGUUUUAUUAAUCACGACAAGCUAUUCAAUAGAUAGAAGAUGUUGUAAAAGUAGAUUCUACGGAGUAAUGAUGGACGAUAUUUGAUUUUAUCAGUUUACUUUUCUACACUGGAAUAGUAGUCAAGUACUAAUUUAAAACGUAACUUCGUCCUAUAUUUUGUAAUAUUUAAAGACAUAAACCUUUAUGAAUGAAUAAUGCAAAGGACUGUGCCAAGUCUUCCCCUUGCACCAUCGGUGAAGGUAAAACUACUCCAUGCAGGUUUCCAGCUGGCCACAGACUUGACUGACAUGAGUCCUCUUCAGCUGUGUAAAGCGGCAGGUAUAUCACAGGAGGAGGCAGUGGAGGUUUUGCAGAUGUUGCGCUGUGAUACUCAGUCUCACCAGGAGAGGGCAGCAACAGAAAGUAUAACAGCUCUGGAUCUUUUGCACAAGGAGCAGGCUCAGGGCAGCAUUGUUACAUUCUCCUCAAGGCUGGACGAUGUCCUCGGAGGGGGUGUGCCUGUGGGAAAGACCACCGAGAUAUGUGGAGCCCCUGGCAUUGGAAAGACCCAACUUUGCAUGCAAUUGGCUGUGGAUGUACAGAUCCCAGUUUGUUUUGGAGGUCUGGGAGGAAAGGCAUUGUACAUAGACACAGAGGGCAGUUUCGUGGUUCAGCGUGUAGCUGAUAUGGCAGAGGCGGCCGUAAAGCACUGCACCCUGUUAGCGGAGGACACGGAACAGAAACAAGCUUUGGAGGAACUGACAGUAGAGAAAGUCCUUUCUAGUUUCUUUCUGGUCCGUUGCCAUGACUAUGUGGAGCUAUUAGCUGAGGUUUACCUUCUACCUGACUUCCUGGCUGAGCAUCCUGAGGUACGUUUAGUAAUAAUUGACAGCAUUGCCUUUCCAUUCCGCCAUGACUUUGAGGAUCUUUCUCAGAGAACCCGCCUCCUUAAUGGUCUUGCCCAACAGCUCAUCCAAAUAGCGACACAACACAGUGUGGCGGUUGUGUUGUCCAAUCACAUGACCACAAGACUUUUAAAUGGCCAAUCCAAGCUUGUUCCUUCAUUAGGUGAGAGCUGGGGCCAUACCGCCACUCAGAGACUCAUUCUGCACUGGGAGGGAUCUAAAAGGCUAGCCUCCCUGUACAAGUCCCCAAGCCAAAUGGAAGCAACAAUUCAAUAUCAGAUUACGGUCCAGGGUUUCAGGGAUGCCCCAGACAAACUCAGACCCACUGUUGAAUUAUGUGCUGUCUCAUCUCUGUCUGGAAACCACAGUAAACGCCCUCGAAUGGAAGAUCAGUCUUGAGGGAGUUUUGCUGAGCAUUUCAUUUUCAUAAUACAAAGGAAACCACUUCCAACUUCAUAACUAGAAAUUAGAAAUACAGCAAAAGUGUACAUAUGUUUUUUAUAUAAAUGAAAAGCUUAUAAUGGUUGAUUGUCUAAUUUAUUAGUAGAAUAAAAUUGUGUGUAAUAAAUGUUGACUCUUAGUUAAUUAUGCAGCGUUCAGUAAUUGUUUUUUAUGUUGUUAUCCAUUAAAGACCUCAUAAAAGUGCCACAGUUUGCUGGAACAAAUACUGAUUAUAAGUAGACUUCCCACAAGAUCAGACAUGGUUAUUGUUCAGAG